AUGAAUUUCACAUCUGGGAACGAAACUCUGACACCGGCUGUGAAUUACCGGGACAGCUUUGUCAUGGCUGUUGGCAAGAAUGUGAUUGUUGUUGUCCUCGGCAUGACCAUCAACUACAUCAAUGCCACCAUGAUCCACACAUUCAACAGGCAUCAUAUCUUCAAGUUGAACCCUCGCUACAUCCUUUUCAUCCACCUGGUGUUUAACGACCUGAUCCAGCUGACAACCAGCAUCACCCUCUUUGUCUGCACCUACACCUUCCACACUAUCUAUGUCUCCCUCUGUUGCCUCCUCAUCUUGCCAGCGGUCUUCACCACACAGAACACCCCCCUGAAUCUCGCUUUCAUGGCUGGAGAGUGCUACAUUGCUGUCUGCAUUCCUCUCCGCUAUAACUACAUAUGUACAGUCAAAAGAACAUACACUGUAAUUGGCAUAAUCUGGACAAUGAGUUCACUUUCUGUUCUGCCAGAUAUCUUCAUCCUCUUGGCCACUGAACCUCUAGAUUUCUUACAUGCCAGAGUGUUCUGCAAAAGGGAUAGUGUGUUUCGGAGCACCUACAGCUUAAAGAAGAGAGAUGCAUCUCAUAUAUUGUUUCUGGUAGUUGUUUGGAUAACUCUGUUCUACACUUACUUCAGAAUUUUGAUUGUGGCCAAAGCUGCUAAUACAGAUGCUAAAAAGGCAAGAAACACUAUCCUCCUUCAUGGCUUUCAAGUGUUGUUGUGCAUGAUAACCUACGUGCAACCUAUGUUAGUUACAUUUCUCACAUACUUGUUCCCAGGAGGGCUGGCAUCCAUACUUUUUGCUCUAUAUGUUAUAAACCAAAUCCUUCCUCGCUUCAUCAGUCCUAUUGUCUAUGGGUUAAGAGACAGUACUUUCAGAAAGUACUUCAAACGGUAUCUGAUGUGUGCAAUAAAUGAAAACAACCAUGUCAAGUGA